CCAUUGCAGCACAAAGAACGCUUUGGAAGACUGCUACAAAAUGCUCGUAAAGACGACCCAAGACUACCUAGUGCAAACACUACGGGGCAUACAGAUGUUUAUGGAUUUAGACAUUCCUUUGUUGACGAGGAACCAACGAUGCUGUAUUUAGCAAGUAGCCUUCUAAGUGCCUAUUCGGCUCAGUUACCGGACGAAGAGAAGAAAAUCAUGCAGUGGAAUGAGCUUCUAGAAACAAAUUUCAACUUGAUUCCAAAGGAUCUUUGUCGCCAGGGCAUCCCAAGCGCAUUGAGAGAACAGGUCUGGACAAAGCUAAUCGAUUUGGCUAUUGAUAAAUAUCGGCUUGAAAAGGGACCGUAUUACUACCAAAGUCUUGUUAACAGAGUGAAUGAUGGUCAGGUAAAGGCAUGCUAUAAACACCAAAUUACCCUCGAUGUUUUACGAACGUUCCCGAAUCAUAUUGCUUUCAAACGCCCGGAGGGAUUCGGGAUUCAAAAAAUACAAGAAGUUUUGCAGGCCUUUACACUUCAUAACCCAACCGUCGGAUAUUGCCAGGGCAUGAAUUUCAUUGUAGGUAAUGCUUCCUUGUUUUUAGACAAGGAAACGACCUUUUGGUUGUUAGUGUUGAUAGUUGAACACAUCUUCCCUCCAAAUUACUUCAACGAAGGCUUAAUAGCUGCCCAAGCAGAUCAGAUUAUUUUGCGAAAUCUUAUCGACAAGUACUGUCUCCGGCUGUCUGAGAUAAUGCAGAACCUUGAAGUGGAUAUAUCUACCAUCACUUUCAACUGGUUUAUCGCAGUUUUCAUUAACAGCGUUCCAGUAGAAACUCUCCUUAGAAUAUGGGAUGUUUUUCUACUGGAAGGUGAAAAGGUCAUUUUCCGUGUAGCCAUUGCCCUACUAAUGUGUCAAGAGGAUGUUCUGAUCCGGCAAGUAGACACAUUAGCCUUUUGGAAAAGUGUGAAAACGACUGUGAGCAAUACGUACGACCACGAGGCAUUGAUGAAGGUAAGUCUUCUGUCUGUUUGCUGUUGCUUUCCUCUAAUGUUUAUGAAAAUCAUGUUGGCGAAUUACAUACAGGUCAAUUAA